CUGUCUGGCUUUGCGUUCCCUUCCUCGUCCUGUCAAUGACGUUCACUCGCCCACGUGACGACUCCUUCUACGACACCAGCUACACCAAGUCAAUUCCAUGCUCAAUGGCUCCAUGACCUAUGAAACGCAAAGGAGAUGCUCAUCAGCUCUCAGCAUUUGCUGCAAAGAAACUUGCCCUAGAAGAGGCCCAAGCUGCUGCUGCUCUCGCUCUUGCAGCCAACGCUUCAGAUGACCCUGUCGAGACCACAUCUGAUCUAGAUGCAGAGUCGCCUGGGCAGGAGCUCAGUGCUGCUCAAUCUGAUGGAUCUGCCAGUGAACUUGAAGAUGGCAUGGAUACAGGUGUCAAUCGCUUUGCUGCUCUCGCCUCCAGCACAGGUCAAUCGAGUGUGCACCCUUCGAGAGAGGGCUUCGUCGCUGCUGCUGGUCAGCAACGUCCACUGCCAGCGACGAUAGAGGAAGAGGAAGGUUCACUUCGCGUUGAGCUGCCUGCAUUUGAGGUCAUCUCAGUGCGUGGUCGCUUUCUCUUGGUUGUCAAAUCCGGCAGUCUUUGCUUACUAGGUGCGAGACUUGGUCGAAUGAAUUAUGCAAUUCUGGUAGAGAUACCAGAAAGCGAGUCUUGGCCAGUUUCUGCCGCUGAGACAGGGAGCAACGAGCCAGUGACGUUUUUGAUGCAUCCCUGCCACGAUGGAAUACCGCGUGUCUUGGCGCAUUACCCACAAGGAAGAGCUCUAUUUCCAAUUUCGAGUGAACGACUCAAAUCUUCUCUACUUGGAUAUGGCCCUGAGCAAUAUAAAGAAGAAAAUUUAGCAUGGCAAGAUAAACCAGGCGACUUGACGUUCUUUACAGGGCCCAAGAAUAGUGGCAAGUCGACUUGGGCGCGUAGAAGAAGCAACAAGGCGCUCUCUUCAGGGUAUCCUGUCUUGUACAUUGAUCUGGAUCCCGGUCAACCCCAGUUUUCACCGCCUGGCAUCAUGUCGGCGUACUUGCUGAUGACACCUGCUCAUUUUAUGCUCAGUACGGGUCCUAUUUGGAAAAGACCUCCACAACAUCUCAGAUCCCAUUGGAUUGGCGAGACGAGUGCCAAGGAAGAUCCAUCGCAUUAUUUCGAAUGUGCGCUCGAUUUGAUACGAAUCGUUGAGCGAUACCCUCAGGCGGUAGUGACAAUCAAUACACCUGGUUGGGUCAAGGGAACCGGCUUAGAACUUCUGUCGUCCAUCAUUGCAGCGUCGCUGCAAGCACUAUCCGAUACGCGCAUUCAUGUCCUUCACUUGGGGCAUUCAGACUUACAACGACAUUUACCUGAAGGUGUCUCCAAUGAAGCGAUGCCUGCCCCGCUUCCUACUGACGCUGUUACGAUGAGCGCAGCCGAUGCAAGGACGCUCAAUUUGUUGACAUACUUUCAUCGAUCUGGUGAUGGCUGGCAGACUGGACCGCUUGCAGGCACCCAUACGUGGGUCACAUCCUAUGAUUCUGAUGAAGCAGGGAUCCAUGGUAUUGCCAUCCUACGAGAAUCAUUACAGCCGCUCGAUCUGAUUGCUGCCAUCAACGGUACAGUCAUGGCACUCGUUGAAGUCGACAAGAGUCUGUUGCACGGACCACUGCCACGCACACAGCACGGUCUUGCCUAUCUCGAAAACGACGGAGCACCGAUACCGCCUGCCUCAAGCAACUGUAUUGCUCUUGCCAUCGUCGCAGGACUUGACCUUGCACAGCGCAAAAUCCACCUCAUCUCCCCCAUCACAGCAGCGCAACUCGACAAGUAUUCAAGGAAAGAUGCACAACGCGCGCUCUUGCUUGUGUCCGGUGGCAUUGAAGUACCUGCUGCAGCCAUGUUUGGCAAUGCAACUGGCAUACGUGGUGAGAGGCCGUAUGUGACGCAGAAGGCUGGAGAAGGUGUUGGAUGGCAGGCUUGGCAUGUGCGUCGCAAUAUUGGCAGGCGCAUGCGUCAGACGUGAAGGAUAUACAAGUCAAUUACCUGUGCUAGUCUCUGACGAUGUCUGCGUUCCGUUGGGAUUGAAUGGCAGCUGGCCAUGCAUGCGUCCCAGUAUGUCAAAAUGCGCUUCAUCAGCUUCAGCAAUGUCGCUGAUUCGAACACGUUCUUCCCUGCACAAGACUGGCUUCUUACACGCCGCCAUGGGAUUUUGUUUUUGAACAACAGAGGAGGUGGUGAAGGCAUCCAAGGAGCCAGGCAAGGUGCGUUCUACUUGUUUGGGGGUUUUAAAUGCAAUAGGGUCUGGUCUGAUGGGAAGCGGCAUGAAUGCCUUGACAAUGAGACGUUCUGGCUCUUUGCGCUCCGUCUUGGCGUCUGACUCUGGUGUACGCCUUGAAAACAGCAUGUUGCGUAUAUAGAUCUCUUUCAAGGUCCUUCUUUCGUUUCCGU